GUUCAACAAUAUUCGAUUUUGGAGACAUUAACCUAUCACAGAUUUUUACUAAGAUUUUCUGAAAUUUCCUACAGAUGAAAAAGAUUUUUUUGACCAAAAUCACAGAUGAAAACCGAAAAAAAUGUGGCAACACUGUCGGUUCAGUCGGGCAGUCAGUGGCGACGACGUUGUUUCGUCGCGGUUCAGCAGUGUGGGAGAGCGAACUGCGGCGCGGUCGAACGCGCGUAGGUAUCCAAAACGUGGUAGUCGUGCUUUGCGUACUACGUACGUGAUCUGAGUUCAGCUGGCUGGCUGACUGUUGUGGCUCGUCGUAAGCUGAUCCGGUCGGUCAAACACAUUUACCUGUCGGAUCGGAGUCUCGUGUGUUGCGCGCAUAUGCUUAAGGUGUGCGUGAUGGCGACUUGUUGAAGAACUUGAGUCGGGCUGCGCCUACCUUUUGGAGUGCUACACUGCUGCCGUCAAUGGGAAAGCGCUAUGAAGUCACCACGCAAGGCACAAAAAGUCAUAAAAGUGUUGAUCUUUGCGAACCUGGAUCGCGAGUGUCAGGAGAAAAUGCAUUGUAAAAGGUUAAAAAAUUAACGAAAAUUGGGAGAAAAGCCACAUGUGCAGGGCCAUCUACAGCCGAGGAAUAAGUGCAUGAUGAAGUGAUAAAAAUCAAAAAGUAAUUAAAAGCGCAACAAGAAUGAAAAAUCUGCAAAUCUACACCAUUUGGCAGAAAACUCGUUUCCAGUGAAGAACGUGCAGAACAUCAAAGGAAAGAAAAUAACUUCGUACAUAAGUAAAGUGGUAUUCGGAGAAGAAGCAAAAACAAUCAACAUUGGAUCAGCAUUAGAGCAGACAGUAUCAGUCGUGUUGUGUUUGCUCCACUUUGAAAGGUGGAAGGUAACAAUCCACAAUAUAGUACCAGCCACAACGGAUGGAAGACUUGCUUGUCAUUUCCGCCGCCGUGGAUUAUCUUCGGUUCCGUGGAGGAGAGACACAUGCAGCAUUAGCAGCAGCAGCAGCAGCAGAUCGGUGUACAAUUCGAGAAAGUGCUUAAACGCCAGAGAUAAAAAGAGGAACGAAACAAAAAACGAGGAGCUGAAUCAAAAUGAAACACUUGAGAGGAAUCACCAUCGCCGUGUUGGCGGCCUUCCUGGCAGGCACAUACGCUGGGGACUGCGGUGAAAAGUUUCGCGGAAAAUGCAAUUGCGGGAUGCAGACGUACAACUACCAAACAAAGUACGUGGUCAGUUGCGUCGAUGAGGGUUUCCGGGACGCUUCCGUGCUGGAGUACAUACCACUAGAAACAGAGGUGGUCAUUUUCACCGGAAACAACAUACAGGAGCUUCCAUGGAACGUGUUCGGUACGAUAAACGAUCGACUGAAUCUGACCAUUGUUGACAUGAGCAAUAAUCACAUUCACGAAAUUCGCGGUAAAACGUAUCACCACGUGCCGAACGUGAGACGACUGAUUCUCAACCACAACAAUCUGAGCAUUUCCCGGUACGACGACGAAGCAUUCAACUACCACCAUCCAAGGGUGUUCUCGAAUUUUGUCAACUUGAUGGAGUUGCACCUGACGAAUGCUUUUGCCGACAAUACUUCAGCCGAGUUGUCUGCUGAUUUACACGAUAUUUUCGUUAGCAGUAACCUAACAAAAUUGGUGAAGCUUCAUCUAGAACAGAAUGAAAUAUCUCAGUUCAACGACAAACGAGUAUUCUGCGAUUUUCCAGCUUUGUUAGAUCUGCACCUCGGAGACAAUUUGCUGGCAGAGAUAAACUUCAAUAUCACAUGUUUGAAGAAGCUGCGUUUCCUGGAUCUCGAACGGAACAAGUUUGAAACUCUGCGACCACACGACAUGAAACUUUUCGAUGAGGUCCAACGUGAGCCAGGACGAACAACUAACUUUAUGGUUGAUUUGAAGUACAAUCCGUUCCAGUGCGAUUGCGGCAUUUAUCCAAUGUACGAUUGGAUGCGCAAUACCAACGUAACCAUCCGGAAUCUGGACGAUAUGAUGUGUUACCGUAAAAAGCAUCAAGAACCGAUAUCUUCCCUGAACAUGAAGAAGUGCCAAAAACUGCGAUCGGGCAAACGUGAUCACACCGUGACGUUGGUAUUCGUCCUCAUCUGUCUGAGUUGCAUCCUGGUGGUGCUGGUCGGAUCGUUGAUCUACGUCAGCAAGGACAAACUGAAGACGUGGAUCACUCCGGUGGUGGAUCACGUUUCGAAGAAGGUCCAGUACACCAGCAUCAAGGACGAAGAAGCACCGGAACAGUACGUAUGAUGUAGCGCGUUGAUCCAGCGCGGACCAAGUGCACCGCGGGUGGAACAUGUAUAGGAGCCCUCCCCGGCAAAACAGUGUGAUCGAUCCGCACGCGGAACCACAGACAGGAUCUAAUCAUAUCGAAUCGUAGCUUUUAGCUUAAGAUCAACCUGCGCGGAAACAAAUGCUGUGUACAUAAGUGAAUAAUCAAGAGGUCGUUGAAACUUACACUUGGAAAGCAAAACUAAUGCAACUAAUGCUUGAAGCAAAAACUUAAUUGAAGAAAGACAGAGAGUUAGAUGAAAUAACAACCUUAUAGGUUCGCAUAGUUAAUAAGUAAUGAAUGUUUUAACAAUUUUUUCAUUUUUCGUUAAGUUUAGAACAUAGGAUAAUGAUGUGACUAGAAACAAUUAACUAAGGACGUACUGAUCUGAACAAUUGCUGUCUCUUAUGUGGACAAUUGAUUCAAAAUCUAAGAAUAUAAAUAUGUUUACAGUUGAAUAAAAUGGAUUUCGAUAUACCAUCUGUAAAA